AUGGCAUACCAAUUUCUGGCGACUGGCGACGAUGAGCGCCGCGUGCACUUUGCGACAAGCUCGACCGGUCAUCUUCUGAGCGAGGAAGGCUACUCGCACGGCUCGCAUUCUCCAGCAUCGUCUGUAUCGAGCUUCACGAGCAGCAGUGCUCCGCCUCGUUCAGCAUUCAACCGCCGGUCAAGCGGAUAUAGCGUCGUAAACUCAAAUACGCCUUACGACAGUGCGGGAAGAAAGAUGGGCGGCACAAUGGUGGCGGGGACAGGACUUGGAAACAAGUUCGCGCUCCCAGCAAACCCGCAACGCCUGGGAUCGUUUGCGUACGAAGGCCGACGCCAAGAAGCCGAUGACGCACUGCAUAAUCCUAGCGCCCACGAUGACGACCUCAACCUGUUCUCCGCUCGUGGUCUGGCCAAUGUCGGCUGUUUGCUAGUGCUCUGUGCGGCUAUCCUGGGACUCUUUGCUGGAUACCCUAUAUUCACCUAUUUUAACGAGCGAAAUCAUCCUGCAGGGAGCGCAAACACUCUCGCAAACGACUCGGGCAUGAUAACUUCCAUGCACGGCUUGUGGAGUCUGAUUGACCCGGAUACCCCGGAGGAUGCGAAGAAGAAGAAGGCGUGGAACGGAGGCGAUGACAUGGAGCUCAUAUUCAGCGAUGAGUUCAAUCAGGAUGGUCGCACGUUUGCACCUGGCGACGAUAAGUACUGGACCGCCGUCGAUCUGCAUUACUGGCAGACUAACAAUCUGGAAUGGUAUGACCCGUCUGCCAUCACUACCAAAGACGGCAAACUCGUUAUCACGCUAUCCGAAGCUACGCCCGAGCUCAACCACGGCAUGAACUAUAAGGGUGGCAUGAUGACAACCUGGAAUCAAUUCUGCUUUACUGGAGGUAUGGUCGAGGCUAGUGUCACGCUUCCAGGUGCCAACGACGUCGUUGGCUUGUGGCCGGCUAUCUGGAGUAUGGGCAACCUCGGACGCGCGGGCUAUGGCGCAUCGCUAGAGGGACUUUGGCCUUACUCUUAUGACUCCUGCGAUGUCGGAACCGCCCCGAAUCAGACUGUGAACGGACAACCCGUCGCCGCGACUGAGAAUGGUGAUCCGAGUGUCAACGGCAUCCUUUCAUACCUUCAAGGACAACGCCUUUCUCGCUGUACCUGCGGCGGCGAGAGCCACCCUGGCCCCAAACACUCCGACGGCACAUAUGUUGGCAGGGCGGCGCCCGAGAUCGACAUGUUCGAAGCUACCGUCGAAGCUUCUGUGGGUUCCACAGACAGUGAUGCGCUUGCCGGGCUCGUUUCACAGUCAGCACAGUGGGCUCCUUUCAAUCAGGGAUACAUCUGGAAGAACACGUCUGACAACUUGAAGAUCUACGACACAUCCAUCUCCGAACAGAACCCCUACAUUGGAGGCAAAACCCAACAGGCGACCUCGGCCCUCACGAAUACGAACCAAGACUGCUACGAACUCGAAGGCGGAUGCUCGUCAGUGUACGGUUUUGAAUACGUGCCAGGGUUCGACAACGCGUACAUCACAUGGGUCACCGACAACAAAGCCAGUUGGACCAUCAACGCGGCAGGCGUAGGUGCGGACGACUCCGUCGGCAUCUCCGCUCGACCAGUCCCGCAGGAGCCUAUGUACCUAAUCAUGAACCUUGGUAUUUCUGAGAACUUUGGCACCCCAGACCUCACGAAUCUCAAGUUUCCGGCACACAUGUCCGUCGACUGGAUUAGAGUCUAUCAACGGUCCAGUGAUAGGAAUGUCGGGUGUAACCCGAAGGACUUCCCUACUGAGCCAUACAUUGAGAAGUACCAGGAGGCAUACAGCAACCCGAACUUGACGACCUGGGUGGACGACUACAAGCAGUCCUGGCCGAAGAAUUCCUUCCUUGGGGAAUGCUGA